GUUUAUAAUAUUUUCGCUUAGUGAUUCAUUCAAUAGUAUUUUCUAGUUAGAAUUAGAAGUGUUUAAAGUAUAUUCAUUGCAUGUAAAAUAUAUCGGCAUGCGAUGACGUCACAUCCGGUUUCGCCGCGUCUUGUGGGAAAACACCGGUUUGAAAUUAGCGCGAGGGUGGGGGCUUUCCACGAGGCUCACCUGAGCACAAGCAGUUUUGCAGGCAUGAGAAAUCACAGUGAGAGCAACGCUUUUUCACCAUAUGUUAAUGUGAAGAGUGAACAGUAAAUGGUUAAUCUUACUGCGAUCUGGUUCUUAUUAACUGUGGUUUAUCCGGACGUUAAAUUCGGCGUUUCGUUACACCCGAAGGAGAACGUGACAGUGAAAAAGCGGCAUUAUCAGGUGUUUCAAGUGCUGCAAUGUCAGCUCAAUCCAGCAUCAAGUCGACGCCGCCCAGCGACAAGGGCAGUAAACCGACAUCAAGUAAGCCCACCCGGGCGUUAUCAGGUGUUCCACGUGCUGCAAUGUCAGCUCGAUCCGGGAUCAAGUCGAUGGCGCCCAGCGACAAGGGCAGUAGAACGACAUCAAGUAAGUCCGCACAGGCAAGAGCCAAGGCAGAAGCCGCCAAGGUGCGACUGCAUUACGCCAGACAAGAAGCAGUUUUGAAAAUGAAACUGGCCACCAGAGAAGCCGAAAUCCAGAAAGAAGAGGCUGCCAGAGAAGCCGAAAUCCAGAAAGAAAGGGCCGCCAGACAAAGAGAAGAGGCUGCCAGAGAAGCCGAAAUCCAAAGAGAAGAGGCUGCCAGAGAAGCCGAAAUCCAGAAAGAAAGGGCUGCCAGAGAAGCCGAAAUCCAGAAAGAAAGGGCCGCCCGAGAAGCCGAAAUCCAGUUGGAAAUGGCAAAAAUAUCGACAGAGUUGCAAGUGCUGCAGCUAGAAAGAGAAGAAGCUGCUGCCAUGGCGGAAGCAAAGUACAUAGAAGAAGCUGAAGGGUCGCGUGAUCUGACCGCAGCAAGAUCUACUUUAGAAAGGACCAGACUGGAACGCACAAGCGACUAUGUACAAUCUCAAAUAGACAGGCAGGCUCGUCUCCCCUCUCCAUACGUAUUCGAUAACUUCCCCAGCUACGAGGAACCUCAGAGAGUCACGAUUGCAUCACAUCCAUACGAGGAAGGAAAUUUACCCUCACGGCUCCGUGAUGAAGUCAAGAAUGAAAGAACCGACAACGCUCCUUCACCCCCACAACAGGACGGCGGGGAGGGAGAGGUUCACUCCAGGACAACAAUUGUCAGCUCGAACUGUACAGAAGUUUGCGGUCAAACUCAGUCAAGCCGUUCUUGUUCCGAGAUCUGCCUCACUGAGGUGUACCCUAAAGAAGCACAACAAGACAUUACCAAGCGUAAAGUAACCGACGAGACGCUAGGUCAGUCAGUUUUCGUUCAAACCAAGCACGGAAACAAACUUGCACAAUCAGCUCAAGAUACCAUUUCUUUAAAACCCAAAGACACCAAGGUCUUCAGAGAUGAAGCAAAUAAUGGGGUUGCCCCAUUGCCAAUCAGAGAACCACGCCAGCGCUCACCAGAUAACAAAGAGCAGGCAGUCAAACGGUUCACGUCCUUACGGAAAACCUGGAAAAGGAAACCUGAGAUACAGCAACGCACCCGAUUGGCCCACGAGGUACUGUGCACCCUAAUGGCAGAGGUCACAGCCAUUAUAAACGCACAAUCAUUCCUACCUGUGUCUUCUGACCCAGAAAACCCCUUUAUACUUUCGCCAUCAACGCUCCUUACGCAGAAGGCAGGAGCACCUCCUCCACCAGGAGACUUCUCAGACAAGGAUUUGUACACAAAACAAUGGAGACAAGUCCAGGCUCUGGCAAAUCAGUUCUGGCCUCGCUGGAGACAAAAAUAUCUACCUUUGUUGCAACAGAGACAAAAGUGGACAGAACCCCGCAGGAAUCUUCAAGUUGGAGACUUAGUCCUGCUCAGGGACAAGCAAGUCGCUCGCAACAGCUGGCCAACGGCCAGAAUCACUGCUACAUUCCCUAUCGGGGAUGGACAUGUCAGGAAGAUCGAAUUGAAGACUACCGACCAAGGCGAUGUGAAAAUUUACCAAGGGCCAGUUACAGAAGUUAUUCUACUUCUACCCAAUGACUGAUUAAGAGACUAAGUUUUGUACUCUGCUCAUUGUGACCUUACGAAGGUCAAGCGGGGAGUGUGCUGUCUUUACGACAGUUAUUUAGUUUAUAAUAUUUUCGCUUAGUGAUUCAUUCAAUAGUAUUUUCUAGUUAGAAUUAGAAGUGUUUAAAGUAUAUUCAUUGCAUGUAAAAUAUAUCGGCAUGCGAUGACGUCACAUCCGGUUUCGCCGCGUCUUGUGGGAAAACACCGGUUUGAAAUUAGCGCGAGGGUGGGGGCUUUCCACGAGGCUCACCUGAGCACAAGCAGUUUUGCAGGCAUGAGAAAUCACAGUGAGAGCAACGCUGUAAGUUAAUAGAUAAUCGAUAUAUUGAACUAAGAUGUUAAUGCUGAUCCUGUUAGAGGUAACGACGGUAGAUAAUGUUUAUGCUUUCGUUAGUUAAAGAGUCGCGGAUAGUUUGCAUGGAAGUGUAUUUAAAGUAGUCAAUGGAGCAGGUAAACUCUCCCUGUAUACUGCACCUUAGUGUAAUGUAGUUAUAGUCACCUUUGCAAGUAUUUACACUUGAAAUGUGAUAUUAAGGAAGGAACAAAUACUGUAUCAAUCUUGUAUUGUUUUAUCAACAGUUUUCACCAUAUGUUAAUGUGAAGAGUGAACAGUAAAUGGUUAAUCUUACUGCGAUCUGGUUCUUAUUAACUGUGGUUUAUCCGGACGUUAAAUUCGGCGUUUCGUUACACCCGAAGGAGAACGUGACAAUCA